CCACGGCUGGGGCCGGCCUGACACGACCAGGUCCAGCAGCCCACCAUGGAUCCUGAAAAUACCAAACCCGGGCUGUCUAGUUCGUCUUCUGUGGCCUUGAAUCACCCACCGUCAGCACGCCGGGCGCAGCCCACGCCGUUGGUGGGUGCGGCUCGUCCUGCGAAAGAGGCAGUCUCUGGUAUGCCCAGGCGCUCAUUCUCCGUGCACCACAAAGCCUCUGAGCAUACUCCACAUUCGGUGCCCUCCGCCUCCGUGCAUCCGGUCCCAUCAGCUUCUUCCGCGACCUCUGUGCGUCCCGGACGUUGGGCUCCUGCCGCGCCCUCAGCGCCUGCACGACCCGGUAAGGGCCCUGCAAAGUCAAGGACGCCCAGGGACAGCAUGUACUUGCUGCUCGCUGGGCCCCCGGGACCCAAGAAGGCAGAGGUGAAGAAGGCUAUCCAGAAGCGUGCGAAGGGCCGAGCCAAAGUGCCGCACAAAUUCAGGGACAGCUUCAAGAACUUCUUCUUCUCGCCCACUGGAAUGCUGAAGAUCCUGAGAAUGAGCCUUAUCGUGGCGGCAGCAGUUUGUUUUCUCAGCGCCAGUGCCCCUGAGUCUUAUAUCGCAGUCACCAUUCUGGAAGCCUGCCUCGUCAUUUUCUUUAUUCUAAUAUAUCUGCUAGCCCUUCAACACUUGCUGACUUACAUACAUUGGCCCUUACUUGAUCUUAUCAACAGUAUCAUUUCGGCUCUGUUCCUUUUAAUAGUUGGCCUCUUGGUGAUGGAAGAAAAGGACAGAAGGAACUUAUUAUUUAUUGGAGGGACCCUGUGUCUCGUGGCGGCAGCCCUGUGUUUAAUUGAUGCGGUGCUGGUCACCAAGAAGACGAGGGACAACAUAAAAAGGCUCCUGGCGGACAACGAGGAGUCCAAGCACACGGUCAGGGCGCCUCUGCCCAGGCACGGGCGCGAGACGGCGCGGCGGGCGGCCCGGCAGAGCUAG